UUCCCUUUCAACUCUGCCCCUAAUUGUGUGUGUGUGUGUGUCCGUGCGUGUGUUUCCAGGGCGAGCACUGACCCACGGAGUGAAAUGUCUGGUGAGGCUUGGCCUCCGAGGUGAGAAGAGAGGAGUGCAGCACGGCAGUUUUGAAGGUCUCUGUGGGUGGAGACACAAGCACCCUUCCUCCUACGAACUGAUCAGACACCCGUCAGUCUCUGGCCCCGAUCGGUAGCACGAUCGUGGGUGUGUGUGAUUGUGUCUUGGGGCAUCACGAUCGGUCGGCAAAGAAGCGGGCAGCCGGCGGAGCGCCCAGAAAGCGAGUGUUGCUGGAUGUUCUGACCAGUCUUGGCCGUGAUGGCUAAUGAAGGUGUUCCUGGUGACUUUGUGGUGGAAGAAGGGCAGAUCCCAGUGGAUAUUGACAACAUACAUCUGCUUCUUCAAGUGGAGCAUGAGCAAGUUCAGAAGAGGACUUUCACCAACUGGAUAAAUGCACAGCUUGCCAAGCACAAGACUCCGACGGUGGUGUUAGACCUGUUCAGUGACAUCAGAAAUGGAAACCGACUUUUGGAUCUGUUGGAAGUGCUUUCUGGAGAGUCACUGAAACACGAGAAAGGCCAGGGCAUUUUUAAGUGGAGAAGCAACAUUGAAACUGCUCUCUAUUUUUUGAAAAGGAAAUCGAUUAAACUGGUCAACAUAAAUGUUCCUGAUAUAAUUGAGGGCAAGCCAUGCAUUGUUUUGGGGCUGAUAUGGACCAUCAUUUUGCAUUUUCAUAUUGAGGAACUUGCCAACACCUUGGCCUUUAGCUCCCACCAGUCUUCACUGGAGUCCCUGGUCAGCGUGGAGUCCUGCUCUACAAUGGACAGUUCGUCUUCCAAGAGAGGAGCUCCCAUGCACAAGAAAUUCAAGAUGUCUGCCAAAAAGGCCCUGUUACAUUGGGCAAAGGAGCAGUGUGCCAGGGUGGACUCAGAUGUUACUGUAACAGAUUUCAAGGCUUCCUGGAGGAGUGGACAUGCAUUUCUAGCCAUUCUGCAUUCUCUAAGGCCUGACUUGAUUGACCUACAAAAAAUGAGUAGCAGAACAAACCAGGAAAAUUUAGAAGAGGCAUUCAGAAUCGCUGACAAUGAACUGAGAAUACCAAGGCUUCUGGAACCUGAAGAUGUUGAUAUUAAUAACCCUGAUGAGAAAUCUAUCAUGACAUAUGUGGCACAGUUCCUGCAGUACUCCAGAGACCUACCACCGUCAGAAGAAGAAAUGCAGACUUAUGUUACGCCUUCUCCAUCUGCUUCUCUGUCAGCUUCUUCUCGCCUUGUGAGAUCUCUUUCUCCUUAUAAACAGCCAAAGGCCAGUCUGGCUCAGAACAUUAAAGACGUCAUCUCGUGGGUCCAGUGUGCUGAGAGACAGCUGACGGACGCCUUCAUGGCCGCCCAGAGCCACAGCUACGCUGAUCAGUUUCGUGUCUUCCAGACGAUUGUCACUUCAUUUCAUGACCAGAAAAGGUCCGUCAUGCCUUUCCUUUCAGCACUUAAACGAGCCGCACAGAUGACCCCUGAUCAGGUGGAGCUGAGGCUGGCCUGGAAUCGGCUGCUGUCCAAGAUCGGAGAAUACAAGGCCGUGUUGGACCAUGGCCUGCCCCCGCCACUGGAUGGUGUUGGCGCCUGGCUGCAGAACAUCGAGCCCAUCCUAGAAGAGGUGAUCACCGACCCAGAGGAUCCAGAAGCAGCAGUAGUGAUAAUGCGGGAGAAGCGGCACCAUCUUAAGCAAUUAAUGGAAGAGGCCGAUAGCCAGAUGGAAGUUCUGCGCGAUUUUUUAAAAGUGGAUAAAGCUGGUGCUGAUCAAGUACCCCCACAGAAAAUUGAAGACAUUAAGAAAAGGGUGAUGAACGCCAGGAUCAAUGCCAAGUACCUGGGGAUUAAGUUAGAGUAUCUGCAAAGCAAACACUCCACCCUGGCUCUGCUCCGUCGUCUGAACUGCAAAGUCCAGCAGUGGAAGGAAAAAUACGGCUCCCAAGAAUCAGUCAGACGGCUGCUCCACGACUGGCACGGUGUGAUAGAAGAGCAGGGCCUGAUUAUGCAUCUGCAUGCCGCUGUCGAGCAGCUCAAGUCAAUUGGCAGCAGUUACACAAAUCGCAGUGCUUUAGCUAACGACUCUGCACAUAUCCAGAGGUUCCUGGCACAGCUGGAUUCAGAGUGCUUGGAAGCAGUGGAGUCAGCACAAAGCGUGAAAAGCUUGUUGGAACGAGUCGUCAGAAGCUGGGACGUUUACAUGGAAACAUUUCAGUCACUUCAGUCAUGGCUGGAGAAACACCCAGAACAGGCCACUUUGGAAGGAAGCCUGGCAGAAUGGGAAGCGCUGCAUGCCCAGGUCAACGAGGUUGGUAACUUUUUAAUCGAAGUCAGCGAUGAGGAGACAAUGGCCCACGUCUCCAAGGAGCUGAGCAGAUUAAACAGGCAGUGGUGUGACGUCAUGAAGAACACUCGAUUUGAAAAUGUUUCAUCACCCUCUCAAAGUCCAUCCAUGUCUGAAAAAAUCACCAUGCCUCAAAAAACAAUGGAAGAGUCUUCAUCGCUCCUCUGGGAAGAUUUAGAUAUCUCCAGCAGUGAUCAGAGUGCCAUUGCAGGUGGAGCACAGGCUGGAGCUGUGUGUUCAGACACAGUUAAUAUUUGCCAGGGAGACAUGGAAGAAACUACCAGGAAGAGGGCAGCUGGAAGUGAGGUGCAGCCAUGCAUUGAAGCUCCAGAGGAAAGUACAGCUGAUCAGAAGACGCCAGACUGUGCAUCAGAGGAGGGCAUCAAAAGGCAGUUUGAAAAUUCCAAGGAGAAGCUGCAGAGCUACCUGAGCAAAGUGCUUGACCUCCUGCAGGAGCAGCAGGGCUCAGAGGAGAGUGUGAGCAGAUAUGAGGAAACCCUGCAGAAGUGCGACCCAGAAAUAUUGGAGGAGUUUUUGGAAGCUGCAGAGCAGAUGAAAACCACCAUUGAAGAGUCUUUCCAUGAUGUUCGAGUGAAGUGGCAGGCUGCUCAUUCAGAGAUCCCACUCUACCUGAAACAGCUGAAAUUUGAGACUCAGAGACGGAAGUUUCAAGAUGUCGCCACAGAGUGCGAGCUGCAGCUUAAAAAGGAGCUGGAACAGAUAGACUCAGUCACCCCAGCAGUACUCAUCGAGGAGCAUCAGGCUUGGUUUUCUCCAGAAGGGAAAUUCGGCUGUGCAGAGCAACACUUAAAAGGCAUGAAUGAGGCGUGCGACAUGCUGACCUGUGAGAAAACCAACAGUCUCAUGAGUGCACAGCUCGCCAAGUGUGAGGAGAGGAAGGCUGACAUUCAAAACCAAGCGGCAAGAGUCUGGGAGCUCCUGCAUCGAUCUUCUGUGGAGAGGCAGCCUCCAGGAGAGGGAGAAGUGGAGCAGGACAGCUGUGUCCAAGUGUUAUUUCCUGAGCUGCCCAUCAUGAUUUCAACUGGUCAGGUAACUGUGACUGCACACAACCUUCCAGUUGUACAAAGAGUCAUGAAAGAAAAUGUUGAGGAAGGUGGCCAAGAAGAAGAAGAAGAAGAAGAAGAGGACCUUUCAGAGGUGGACCUCGUCCAAAGGUAUGAUUAUGAAAAGAACAAUCUUAAAGCACAGUUCGUCAAGAACCAGCAACUUCUCAGCACCGGAUUUCCAGACAUUGCAGAAGGCCGGUUCUCUCUACAGUCACGUCAUCUGGAGCUAGAGGCUGCCCUGCAGGUUACUGAGUCUGUCCACUCCAAACUUGUGGUCUGCUCUUCCCGGGUGAUGAAAUUUUCAAAACAAAGGGACAAAUCACGAAUGAAGAGAAUUGUAGGAAGAUUGAGUGAAGAGUGGAAGGAGCAGAAGGGGCAGCUACAAGAGCGGAUGAAAUCUAUUGAGUUGUCUUUGGGGAUACUCACUCCUUUGGGCAACGAUGUGUCCAUACUCUCAACAACAGUGGAAGAGUUCCGAGCAAUGCCGAGGACUGUCCAUGGUGUUACCAUAAGGGACGCAGAGGAGCUUCCAAGGAUACUUAAGAACUUUUAUGCUGUCAUCAAUCAGCACCUUGUCACUUGUGAAUCUUUAACCAAUGAGCAACACCCUGAUCUUGAGGCACUAAACCCUAAGGAUAUCGACUUUAUCCAGGCUUUUGCUUUGAAGUAUAAGUUCAAGCUAGAGCAGCUGGGUGGUCAACUGCACCACAGUGAGGAGGCCCUGGAGAAGCUGCAAGACUUUCUAUUGUCUGUCCAAGGUGCAGAAAGUGAGCUGGCCGCGUUAGAGACUGCAUCAUCAUUGGAGGGUCUUGAAAAGUUAAAGAUGAUUCAACAGAAGCUGGAAGUCCUCAGCAGCAAAGCAGUGGAGCUCAAUUGUUUAGUAAAGGCAGCCGGUUUGUGCUUGAAGGAUGAGAGCUCUGGCCAGGACUUUAAUUUCAGUGAAUUGGUUGACUCAGUUAUGCCUAAACUUGAGCACACAGACACAUCACUUAUCCAGCACAGGGAAGUACUCCACCAGGCGGAGGAGGAGGAAGAGGAGAAAGCUAUAAGAUCCUUCUGGCUGAAGAAGGAGGAACUCAUUUCAAGUCUCCAGGAGAUACAAGAAGAGGUUGACAGUACAGGUCUGGAGGAUGCCACCCAACUUGCAGUUCAAUUCAGGUUGAAGUGCCUGAAGAAACUUGAGGAAAGACUGAGGCCAUGCAGAAAAGAAAUUGAUCACCUGAUUCAGCUGGCAAAUCAGCUCCCAGCUGCACUGAAGAAAGAGCCAAUCAGACAACUUGAGGACCUGGAGGCUAUAUGGGAGGAAAUGCAGAGAACACUGAGUGACCGACAGGAACAAUGUGACAUGCUACUGACGCUGGUGAAAAGAUUCCAGAACUUCUGUGGCAGCCUGUCCAGUGAUCUACAGAGGGCAGAGAGUUCCAUUUCUGAGCGGGCUUCCUACAUGAGCAAGGAGAAUCUGCAGAAAAUGAUAGACAAGGUCGAGAACUCCAAGGUGGACUUGGCAGGCUGCUUAGAGACAACAUCUGAAAUACAGAGCCUCUCCAAACAAAUCCAGGCUCUGCUGAGAAAGAUUCCCAACUGCAAAGAGCUGUGCUUUGAGGCCGAGGAGCACGCUUCAGUGGAUAACUGUUUGGAUGUGACUGAGAAGGUCGACGCAUACUUGGACAAUCUGAAACGUGCCAUGGGCUGGUGGGAGGCACUGCUGGCUCUGUCUGUGGACAUUGAGGGCUGGGCAGACUCCAGGUUGGCGCAGAUUGCAGAACAUCCCUAUUUUGAUUCUGAACAGGACAUUACAGCCCUACAGGAUGAAAUACAGACUCAGGAGAAGAACAUAGAACACUUUCAUCAAAAGAGUACAGACAUCCAAAAACUACUCCAAAGUGCAGAGCCUUCCUUGGAGCUCCAGGUGAUUGAAACUCAGUUGAGGAAGAAGAUGGCCGAGGUAAUGGAAUUGUUCAAGGACAGCAAAGAGGUGUUUGAGCAAACUACAGCACUGAGGGACACGCUUGAAGACAAAGCCUGUCAGCUGAAAUCCAGCCUGUGUGACUUGGAAGCAGCUCUAUUUGACCUCCCAGUGUUGGACCAUCUUGGAGUAUUUGAAGCCUUAAAGGGAGUAGACGAGACCCUCUUGCAACAGGACUCUCAGUAUCAGUGCCUUCUGGAAGAGCUUCACUCAGUCGUCUGCAUUGCCGGCGUUAACUUAAGCCAGCUAAGCCAGGAAGUACUGAAUCAGAGGAACCACAUUGAGGUUCUCCAGAAUAUUGUGCUUCAAAAGAGACGUCUUGCUGAGCAAAGUUUCCUUGAGGUGAUAAAUGAUGAAAUGAAAAGAUAUGAAGAUUGGAUGCAGGAUUUGCAGCUCUCUGUGAAUGAGUGCUUUGAAAUUCCUGAAGGAAGAGCAGACGUUGAGGCCCAUCUCCAUAAGUUACAGGGGUUCCUUGCUUCUGAAGAAGCUACCACGAAAAUGCAUCUCUUCGAAACACAUUUUAACAAGGUUCGAGAAUAUCUGCCAGAGUCAUAUGUGUACCACAUCAGUCGCUGGAUGGAGGACCAGAACACAGAACUGAACACUUUUAAGUCUCACUGCCAACUUAAGCAAGCCAGCCUAGAGGAGAGUCUGACGACGGUGGAAAAGCUUGUUGAGUGUAGCAGUCUUCUGGGUAGAUGGCUUGAUUCAGUGGAGAAGACGAUGCCUCCGGUGGUGGAGCUCCCUGCCUUUCACUUAGAAAUUGAAAAUAAAAGGAAGACUUUUGAUGACCUGACAGGCCAAGUUGACUCUUUGAAGAUGCAGGGUCUCACCACUGAGCUGGCUGUGCAGGAGUCCUUAGAGCUGAUCAGACGAUUUCACUCCUUAUGGGAAAGAGCAAGCAAGGAACUGGAAGGACUUGUACCUGCUUCAUCUACAUGUGAGCAAGCAGAUAUGAGCAACCAGGAGACCCCAGCAAGCAGAACAGAAGAGGCAAUGAAAGAAGAACCCUGUGAAGAUAUUAGUCAGCAGCAAACCCAUGAGAAGCUGAGUGAAAAUGAUGGACUGAGACGAAGCAAAGAAGAACCAGGCAGUCACUCUGAUAAAGCUGGCCUUCCCUGCCAUCCAGAAGUCAAAGAACAGGUCAUCACAAAACUAACGCAGAUCUCACAGCGGAAAGCUGAGCUCCCCCAGGAGUUUCAGUGGCCAGAGGCUGCAGACAAGCAGGCUGCUCUGGACAAGUGUCAGACAUUAUCGGAGGAAGCCAAGAACCUGUCAGGGUCAAUGGAUACACUAAAGCAACAGCUAGAAGACGAAUCUGCCUCUGACAAAGAUUCUGCUAAAAAUGUGGACAUUUUGUAUGAGGAUCUCCUUAGACAUUUACAGACAACAGCUGAGGAUCUGGAGGGCAGUCUUAGUCAACACCAAGGUUUCUUUGAGCUGCUGACUGAGUCUAAAGCCACUCAGCUGUCCCUCCACGAAGAGAUUCAAUCACUGCAAGUCACCCCGAGCAGCAAGAGAGCAGCGGAGGAGGCCCUGGAGAGGCUCAAGGGUAUCCUGGAGUCGGCCCCCCAUGAAGUUGAAACACUCACUCAGCUAAGCGCUCUUGGGGAUUCACUGAAGCUUCACUUGACGUCCUCCGGCUGUGUGGCUCUUACCCAGGAACUUGAAAGUCUCCACACUCAGAGCCAAGACACCCAAAACAGUCUCAUGGAGUUGAGGGAGCGUUAUGAAGAUUUGUGCUUCCAUCUGCCCUCUUCUGAAAGCCCUGGUCAGAUGAUCCAGGAAGAGGAGCAAUGGUCCAGCUCAAUGAGAGAGGAAGCCAGAGAUCAUGAUCAUAUGGAUAUAGGAAGAACUUUGGAAAAUCUAAACGUACAAGUGGAAAAUCUUCAGUCAACAUCGGAUGCCAGCGGCACUCAUCAAAAAUGUUCUGCGUUGAAUUUGGACAUUCAAGAAGACGCCCAAAGGCACCACAGUUCAUUUGCAGAUGAUCUUGUUGAGCCUCAAAAUAGUGAAUUGACCAGGGAAAUGAGCCUCUCUCCACCUGUGCCUGGCUCAGAGGACUUCAGUUCUGUGGCACCUCAGCUUACUGACUACAUCUCACAGGGUAUUCUGGAGUCGGCCCCCCAUGAAGUUGAAACACUCACUCAGCUAAGCGCCCUUGGGGAUUCACUGACACUUCACUUGACGUCCUCCGGCCGUGUGGCUCUUACCCAGGAACCUGAAAGUCUGCACACUCAGAGCCAGGACACCCAAAACAGUCUCAUGGAUUUGAGGGAGCGUUAUGAAGAUUUGUGCUUCCAGCUGCCCUCUUCUGAAAGCCCUGAUCAGAUGAACCAGGAAGAGGAGCAAUGGUCCAGCUCAAUGAGAGAAGAAGCCAGAGAUCAUGAUCAUAUGGACAAAGGAAGAACUUUGGAAAAUCUAAAUAUACAAGUGGAAAAUCUUCAGUCAACAUCUGAUGCCAGCAGCACUCAUCAAAAAUGUUCUGCGUUGAAUUUGGACAUUCAAGGAGACCCCCAAAGGCACCACAGUUCAUUUGCAGAUGAUCUUGUUGAGCCUCAAAAUAGUGAAUUGACCUGGGAAAUGAGCCUCUCUCCACCUGUGCCUGGCUCAGAGGACUUCAGUUUUGUGGCACCUGAGCCUACUGACUACAUCUCACAGGGUAUUCUGGAGUCGGCCCCCCAUGAAGUUGAAACACUCACUGAGCUAAGCGCCCUUGGGGAUUCACUGAAGCUUCACUUGACGUCCUCCGGCCGUGUGGCUCUUACCCAGGAACCGGAAAGUCUGCACACUCAGAGCCAAGACACCCAAAACAGUCUCAUGGAUUUGAGGGAGCGUUAUGAAGAUUUGUGCAUCCAGCUGCCCAUUUCUGAAAGCCCUGGUCAAAUGAACCAGGAAGAGGAGCAAUGGUCCAGCUCAAUGAGAGAGGAAGCCAGAGAUCAUGAUCAUAUGGACAAAGGAGGAACAUUGGAAAAUCUAAACGUACAAGUGGAAAAUCUUCAGUCAACAUCGGAUGCCAGCGGCACUCAUCAAACAUCUUCUGCAUUGAAUUUGGACAUUCAAGAAGACCCCCAAAGGCACCACAGUUCAUUUGCAGAUGAUCUUGUUGAGCCUCAAAAUAGUGAAUUGACCUGGGAAAUGAGCCUCUCUCCACCCGUGCCUGGCUCAGAGGACUUCAGUUUUGUGGCACCUCAACCUAAUGACUACAUCUCACAGGGUAUCCUGGAGUCGGCCCCCCAUGAAGUUGAAACACUCACUGAGCUAAGCGCCCUUGGGGAUUCACUGAAGCUUCACUUGACGUCCUCCAGCUGUGUGGCUCUUACCCAGGAACUUGAAAGUCUCCACACUCAGAGCCAAGACACCCAAAACAGUCUCAUGGAGAUGAGGGAGCGUUAUGAAGAUUUGUGCUUCCAUCUGCCCUCUUCUGAAAGCCCUGGUCAGAUGAUCCAGGAAGAGGAGCAAUGGUCCAGCUCAAUGAGAGAGGAAGCCAGAGAUCAUGAUCAUAUGGACAAAGGAAGAACUUUGGAAAAUUUAAACGAACAAGUGGAAAAUCUUCAGUCAACAUCUGAUGCCAGCGGCACUCCUCAAGAAUGUUCUGCGUUGAAUUUGGACAUUCAAGAAGAACCCCAGAGGCACCACAGUUCAUUUGCAGAUGAUCUUGUUGAGCCUCUAAAUAGUGAAUUGACCAGGGAAAUGAGCCUCUCUCCACCUGUGCCUGGCUCAGAGGACUUCAGUUUUGUGGCACCUCAGCCUACUGACUACAUCUCACAGGGUGUUCUGGAGUCGGCCCCCCAUGAAGUUGAAACACUCACUGAGCUAAGUGCCCUUGGGGAUUCACUGAAGCUUCACUUGACAUCCUCUGGCCGUGUGGCUCUUUCCCAGGAACCUGAAAGUCUGCACACUCAGAGCCAAGACACCCAAAACAGUCUCAUGGAGUUGAGGGAGCGUUAUGAAGAUUUGUGCAUCCAGCUGCCCAUUUCUGAAAGCCCUGGUCAAAUGAACCAUGAAGAGGAGCAAUGGUCCAGCUCAAUGAGAGAGGAAGCCAGAGAUCAUGAUAAUAUGGACAAAGGAAGAACUUUGGAAAAUCUAAACGUACAAGUGGAAAAUCUUCAGUCAACAUCGGAUGCCAGCGGCACUCAUCAAAAAUGUUCUGCAUUGAAUUUGGACAUUCAAGGAGACCCCCAAAGGCACCACAGUUCAUUUGCAGAUGAUCUUGUUGAGCCUCAAAAUAGUGAAUUGACCUGGGAAAUGAGCCUCUCUCCACCUGUGUCUGGCUCAGAGGACUUCAGUUUUGUGGCACCUCAGCCUACUGACUACAUCUCACAGGGUGUUCUGGAGUCGGCCCCCCAUGAAGUUGAAACACUCACUGAGCUAAGUGCCCUUGGGGAUUCACUGAAGCUUCACUUGACAUCCUCCGGCCGUGUGGCUCUUUCCCAGGAACCUGAAAGUCUGCACACUCAGAGCCAAGACACCCAAAACAGUCUCAUGGAGUUGAGGGAGCGUUAUGAAGAUUUGUGCAUCCAGCUGCCCAUUUCUGAAAGCCCUGGUCAAAUGAACCAGGAAGAGGAGCAAUGGUCCAGCUCAAUGAGAGAGGAAGCCAGAGAUCAUGAUAAUAUGGACAAAGGAAGAACUUUGGAAAAUCUAAACGUACAAGUGGAAAAUCUUCAGUCAACAUCGGAUGCCAGCGGCACUCAUCAAAAAUGUUCUGCAUUGAAUUUGGACAUUCAAGGAGACCCCCAAAGGCACCACAGUUCAUUUGCAGAUGAUCUUGUUGAGCCUCAAAAUAGUGAAUUGACCUGGGAAAUGAGCCUCUCUCCACCUGUGCCUGGCUCAGAGGACUUCAGUUUUGUGGCACCUCAGCCUACUGACUACAUCUCACAGGGUGUUCUGGAGUCGGCCCCCCAUGAAGUUGAAACACUCACUGAGCUAAGUGCCCUUGGGGAUUCACUGAAGCUUCACUUGACAUCCUCCGGACGUGUGGCUCUUUCCCAGGAACCUGAAAGUCUGCACACUCAGAGCCAAUACACCCAAAACAGUCUCAUGGAGUUGAGGGAGCGUUAUGAAGAUUUGUGCAUCCAGCUGCCCAUUUCUGAAAGCCCUGGUCAAAUGAACCAGGAAGAGGAGCAAUGGUCCAGCUCAAUGAGAGAGGAAGCCAGAGAUCAUGAUAAUAUGGACAAAGGAAGAACUUUGGAAAAUCUAAACGUACAAGUGGAAAAUCUUCAGUCAACAUCGGAUGCCAGCGGCACUCAUCAAAAAUGUUCUGCGUUGAAUUUGGACAUUCAAGGAGACCCCCAAAGGCACCACAGUUCAUUUGCAGAUGAUCUUGUUGAGCCUCUAAAUAGUGAAUUGACCUGGGAAAUGAGCCUCUCUCCACCAGUACCUGGCUCAGAGGACUUUAGUUUUGUGGCACCUCAGCCUACUGACCACAUCUCACAGGGUAUCCUGGAGUCGGCCCCCCAUGAAGUUGAAACACUCACUGAGCUAAGCGCCCUUGGGGAUUCACUGACACUUCACUUGACGUCCUCCGGCCGUGUGGCUCUUACCCAGGAACCUGAAAGUCUGCACACUCAGAGCCAAGACACCCAAAACAGUCUCAUGGAGUUGAGGGAGCGUUAUGAUGAUUUGUGCAUCCAGCUGCCCACUUCUGAAAGCCCUGGUCAAAUGAACCAGGAAGAGGAGCAAUGGUCCAGCUCAAUGAGAGAGGAAGCCAGAGAUCAUGAUCAUAUGGACAAAGGAGAAACUUUGGAAAAUCUAAACGUACAAGUGGAAAAUCUUCAGUCAACAUCGGAUGCCAGCGGCACUCAUCAAAAAUCUUCUGCGCUGAAUUUGGACAUUCAAGAAGACACCCAGAGGCACCACAGUUCAUUUACAGAUGAUCUUGUUGAGCCUCAAAAUAGUGAAUUGACCUGGGAAAUGAGCCUCUCUCCACCCGUGCCUGGCUCAGAGGACUUCAGUUUUGUGGCACCUCAGCCUACUGACCACAUCUCACAGCCUCUUGAAGAAGUAAGUGAAUUCCAUCCAGCCAAGCCACUGACAGAAGCAUUAUCCAGGGAUAAGCUGCCAGACACACAGGAGCAGGAACUUGUCAAUGCUUCAUCUCCAUGGCUUCCUGUGCCGAAACCUGACCCGGCAUUUGAAAAGAGGAACCUCCAACAUGUUGAGCAGCCUGAGGACUCUAAAGAGCUGUUUGAGGCCAGCAGAAACUCCCAACUGGAGAUGCUAGAGUGGAAAUCCGAAGAGGAGCUGGAGGCCGAGGGCACUAGCCUAUUGCUCGAGUCAAAGAAUUUUACUGACCCCUGCAUUAUUUCACUGGAUGAUGGUGAUCUAAUGCAGACACCCAGUGACUCAGUCAUAGCUGAAGAGUAUGAAGAGAAAGAAAAACCAGUCCAGCGAGUCCUGGCCAAGCUGUCAGAGGAGUGGAAGACCUUAAAGACGAGUUCCUUCAGGAGCAGUAAAGGUCACGCAGAAAACAUCCAAGAUUUUCUUAGGACCAUCAAAAAUGAGAAGUUUCUCCUAAGAGAGUUACAAAAUAUGUUGCAGGAGCUUCCCAAGACUGAUAGACAGACAGCACAUGUUCGGUUUGAAGAGCUGGAGCAGAGGUGGGAGCAGCUUGAGGCCAUUGUGGAGGACACCAAUAAGCAGAUAUCCCUGGGAUCUCAGGAGCUUUGUUGUGUUUUGGAGGAACUCCAGGACCUGCAGAGCCUUCAAGAGAGCCUACAGAACUCCUGCAGCCUUGCAAGCAGCUCCCCAGAUAAGUUGGAGAGUGGAACGACGCUGCACACUGAUGUCUCAGCCACCAUUCAGAGACUUGAUCACUUGAAGAGGCAUUCUGAGGAGCUGCUGAACAGCGCACUGAGAGAGGAAGAUGGUCAGCUCUUGCAGAAUUCCUUGAUGGAUUUACUGCAAAAGUUAGAGCUCCUGCAGGAGAAGGUUCCUGUGAGCACUGGCAGAGCAGAAGGCCCUGCCACUGCUGAAAUUGUUGAGAAGUUGAAGAGAGACUUUGAAAGGCUGAAGACACUGGACAGCAACCUCACAUGUGAAAGCAAAAUUGCUCUGUUUCCUGAAGAUCUCAGUGGCUCCAUAAAGCAGCUGUCUACCACACUGUCAGAGGUUGUUGCUAUGCAUCUUGACAUGGACACUGUGACCUUAAGGAUAAACGAGAUGACAGCUACCAUGGGAGAGGCAGAAGUUAGCAGUUUGCUUUCCUUGCUGCAAACCAUUGUCACUUUGAUAAAGACAGUUGAAAUGAAGACAUCAGAGAAGUUGCAGAAGCAGCAGGCUGACUUAAAGGCCCGGGAGGAUCUCUUUGAAAGAAUCGAGUCUCUUGCCUUAUGGUUGCGUUUGCAUGGUGAAAAGAGUCUACCUGUUGAAGAAUUUAGUAGCAAAAGCAUGUCUAAUGAUUUUGUGGGCCAGGUCAAUGAGGCUACCUGUAUCUUGCAAGAGGCAGAUGAAAAACAGAAGGUCAUGGCUUCUCUUCUAAGUGAGAGCCUGGAGAUCUCUUGCAAGUUGAGUGUAACCGAGAAUGACUACCUCAGUGAAAGAUUAAAGAGCCUCCAGAAAGGCAUUGGAAGUGUAACACAAGGCCAGAAAAGAAGACUUCAGAAAAUUCAGCAGCUAAUGCAGGCACACCAGAGAAUUAGCACACAGCUCAAAGGCUUAGAAGAUGACAUUAGCAAGACUCAGCAUAUUCUAGAAGAAGAGGGAACAACCUUUACUCAACAGACUCUCUCACUCAGUCGAUCUUGGCCACUGAAGGUAUCAGAGCUGAGAUCCCAGCUUGAACAGUUAAAAUUGAGCCAUUUUGAGCAGCCUGAAAAGGUCAGCCAAGUCCAGUCUAAGCUGGAAGACUUGGAGGCAAAACUGGAGAAGUUACUUGGGCAGGUGACAAAGUAUGAAAAUUUUGAAGCCUCCCUGCAGAAUGUAUUAGUUCUUCAGGGUAGUGUGGAAGAGCAGAUGUUGCUUCUGAAAGAAGAAGGCUGUGAUCCAGUAAGCAGGCUGACCGAGUUCCAGCGUGUCCUCCAAGACAGCACUCGCUGCAGGGCUCUCUGUGAGCAAGCCAAUGAGAAUUUCAAGAUGAUCUCUUCAAUGCUGGACAUAUCCUUAAAGAAGACCACUGAAAUGAAACUUGAGACUUUGAUGAACAACUGUAAUAGAUGCGUACAAGUCCUUCAGGAGGAGUCUGCCGAGCUUGAAGAACAGCUAUCUACCCCACUCGAGGUGCCAAAAGUGCAGGAAGCGGCACAGGAAUUCUUGAGGCAAAAGCAAUUGGAAAUGCAGCAGCCUUUGUGUGUAUCACUGGACCCCUGUGUGAUUGAACAGGAACUUCACAAGUGCGAAGCUCUACAGAGUCAACUUGACAGUCUGGGGCACGUCGCCAGAGCCCAGAGCAUCCAGAAACACAGGCCUGAAGUUAACUUGUCCCCAGAUGAAAAUGUCUCUGAGCUGGAAGAACUAGAAGAAGAAAUUAGGGAAGACUGCCUCUUACGCAUGGAAAUGCUCAUGAAAGCCCAGGAAAUGGUCAAGCGUUAUGAUGCUGCUGUCAAGGAAGUAUCUGUCUUGCUGGAUGAGACUGAAGCCAAACUGCUGUCUUCCCCUGUCCAUCCCAGCAGCUGUGAGCAGCUCCUCCGACAAAUCGAGGAAAAUCUUGUGGCAAGUGAAGAUGAGUUUGAGCACCGUAUUGCUGACAUCCAGAACUUCUCCUCUUGGCUACAGUCCUUGCCAAACGCAGACCUAAAGGUGCAGCAUGCCAAAGUGCUCAGUGACCUGUUAACAAGAAAAGUGGUGUUAGGAGGGCAACUCGAGAUCCAACGGCAGCUUCUUCAAAGGUGUGCAGAAAAAUACAAGCAGUACAAACAUGGAGAGGACAAGCUGUCUGCCCAGCUUCAUGAAGCACAGAGCCUUCUGGCUGACGCCUUGCCUGUACAAGCAGAGUCCUAUCAGGAGUGCCUCCAACGCCUGGAUAAAUUAAAGUCUUUGGCAGACAGCGUGGACCAAGCUGGAGAUGGUCUGGUGUGCCUGAAAGAGUUGGCCCAGGAAUGGGGUGUCUCUGAAUGUGCACAGGGGUUGGCCACUCUUUCAUGCUUGCACAUCCAACUGAGUCAGACUGUGAGGGAGCAGCUGGCCCUCUGCGAAGAGCAAACUGAAGCCUGGAAAGCCGUGAACGAGAAGGUUGAAAAAGCCUCUGUGCUGUUGGACACAUUGCAACAUGACCUUCCGGGGACUCCGACAGGAGAAACCACAACGGCCGAGCUCUUAGACCUACUCACAUGCGUGAAUGAGUAUAACAGCCGGGUCAGCAGCGAACAGGCUGCCCUGUCUACACUUAUAUGGGAGGUGAAGGGGAUUGUUGGAAUCACUGAGAACUGCCCAGAGUUGCCAUCUAGUCGCCUCUUCCAGGAGCUGCAAGAAAUGCAGGAUCGCUAUACCAACUUGAAGCAGAAAGUGGCAAAUGCCCAGCAGGUGCUGCAGACAGACAUGCAGGAGCGGGAUGCUGUGAAAGCCAAGAUAGAGGGAGUCCGAGAGUGGCUUGUGACACGCUCGUCCCUGCUGUCGAAGAUGAAGCCUACGCCAAGAGCCACUCAGUUGAGGGAGAUCCAAGAAGAGGUGGACAACCAGAAGGCACUUAUUAAGAAGCUCAUGGAGCAGCUCCGGAUCAAGUACUCGGACAUGUACACCAUUGUUCCUGUUGAGAUAGAGACACAGAUCCAGGACGUCAGUAGGACCCUGCAGGAAGCACAAAAAGAGGUGGACAGAGCAGCAGAGCAAAGCAGCCCCACUCAUGUACUGCAAGGCAAGAUUGACGAAAUAUCAAGCGGCCUUCAGAGAGUACAGGAGGCACUGGGGCAGAAGAGCAAAACCAUUGAUGAGGCCAAGGAUGCACAGAAGCAUUUGUGGGAUGACAUGGACAUGUGGCACUCCAAGCUGACUACUAUAGAGGCUGAGCUACAGGAUUUGGCUGAAGAGAGUCCAGACCAGGCACAGCCAUUAAUGGACAGUUUAAUGGAGCCGUUGAAGCUGUAUCAGGAGUUGGCCAAGCAGUCUGAGCAAAAAACAUCUGUCUUAACCAAGAUCACAGUCCUGCUCCAAGAUUACACUGAAAUGAUCAACAGCAACAAUGCAUGGCUUGCCGAAACGUUAGGGUGGCUGUCUGCUGCUAUCACAAUUGACUCUGUGAAAUCCCUGAAUAAAGUUCUUCAUAUGUUUCAGGUCAAGUUGGAUGAUUCGGUUCAGAGACAGAAGGCAGUGCGUGGCUUUUCACCCUUUCUUCGAGAAAUUUCACUGGUCUUUGACACUACAGAUAUUGAGAAGCAGCUGGGGAGAACUGAACAGAGCAUAUCGGCUCAACAGCAGGCACUCAUGGACAAUCUCAACCAGUUACAGCAACUGGCCGCAGAAGUGCAAAGUGUUGAGACUGAACUGAGUCGGAUAGAAUGCAACAUUGAAAAGAUUCGCAUUAUCUUAUCAUCAGGCAACAUGCGUGAGACCUUCCCAGAGGAGCACUUGAGGAACCGGCAGGUCAUUCUAGAGAAUAUCCAGUCUAUGAGAGGAACCAUAGCGGCCAUUCAGAGCUUCCAGCCCAGUUUGCCUUUGCUUGAAGACAUGGUCUCUUCCCUGCACCUUGUUGAGAAGGCUGAGCAGCUCCUGCAGCCCUUGGAGGACCUGGAGCAGGUCACUUUUCAGCAGAAUGCACUGCUUGAGACUGCGUUACAGGCAUUACAGCAGAAACAGCAGAAGGAUGGGGCAGGCCAACACAUGUCGGGAGACUCCAGUGAUGGACUUCACACCCAAGAGGGUAGUGGUUGUCUUGAGAUAUCCAUGGGAGGCCUCGAUAACAAUGAAGAUGACUUCCUCACAAACCUAGGGGAGUCUCUGGUGGCUUUGGUGGCACAAACUCACAACAUACCUGGCCAACUGGAGGGUGGGUCACAAGAAGACAAAGAACCAGCAGUCGGAUUAAGCAAGGGUCAAUAUUACCAGUUCCAAGUGAAAGGUGACUCUGAAGAUGAGCCCGACGAUGGAGGCAGCAGCAAGUCCUCUUCAUCUGAAACUCUGACUGGCAGCAUCCAGGAGGAAGGUGAGGAGAUGGCUGAGGAGCGAGCUAUGCCAUGGCAAGCCCAGUCUGAUGAGGUCUUCGAGGUACAGGCUGUUCCGAGGCAGGUGAAGCUCGGCCCUGAAGAACUCCAGGCAGAGGCCCAAAACCAAGCACCUUUAGCAGAUGGGCCGAAGCCCCAACACAUCCUCCAUGCCUGCUGGGAGCAGGCAGAACAGCUCGAAAUUUGGCUGGAGAGCGCAGCCCGGACUCUGCAGGCAACUAUGCACAACCCAGCCAUGCAGCAGAGCGUGGAACAGCAGCUCCUCACAUGUCAGAAGAUGUUCCAGGAGAUCGAGCGAAAGGUUGUGUCUCUGUCUGAUGUGAGCCAACGGGAUGAGCAGACACAUGGCGCCCAUGAGGAGGCAGAGGCAUUGUCUACCAAGCUGGAGCUGCUCAGGUCCAGUCUACUCAGUUUCCAGGUGCUGUUGCAGGACCAGCGAGUUGAAGACCAGGAUUGCAAGCAUUCCAGCACUCGGGUCCCAUCAGACGACACGUUACAGCGCCAGCCAAGUGUGCAGGAGAUGCUGGCUUCAGCCAAGACCACUCUGAGGCGACAGGAUAGUCUUCAACAACAAAAGGAGCUGGAGAUGGAGCUGACCGAACAAAAGAGCCUGACAAAAUACCUGGCUGAACAAGGGGAGAAGGCGAGCCUGCAAAGCACUCAACUGGAGGACCCAGCUAGGCCAAGACUUCCAUCGAGAGGUGCUGAGCACAUCUUUGCUGAACUGUCAGAAUCUCCCAGAGUGGAACAGGAAGCAGCGCUCACCACUCAGGAACAGACCUCGGCCAAAUGGAAGCUUCUGCAGAGUAAGCUGUCCUCAAAGCUCAAGACACUGGAGGAGACCUUGCAAGCAGAUCUGAUGUCACAGGUGCUGAUCACAGUUAGCAGCUCCCCCAUUUCUGACCGGUUUUCCAUCUGCAGCAGUGGCCCAUGCAGCUUUGAUUUACAGACACACGUCUCUGAGCUGAGAGGCGCUGGUCAGGAUGUUGCGUCCAUCCUCUCGCAGGCGAGCCCUCCGACAGAAGACAUCACCAGACUGGAACAGAAGCUGCAUCAUGUCUUAGGAGGGGUCCAUCUGAGCCUAGGCCGCCCUGAAGACAUGCUAUGGUGGACAUCAGAGUUGUCUAGAGGGGCUGCAGAGCAACAUUUGAGGGAACUAGAGAAGUUCUCUUCAGAUCUAAGUGAGAUGCACCAGGAACUCUGCAACUUGAGGAAUCCUGUUGUAAAGUGUGAGGGGCCCAUGAAGGAACUGGGCCCCCUCAUCUCGGACUGUGUGGCUUCCUUGCAGAUGUGCACCAGCCUGCUGCGUUCUGCCGUGUCCUCCAGAAAUAUGCUGCUGCAGGAACGUCUCCAGCAGAUGUCAGAACACCAGAGUGAGAUAAGCCAAGUGCAUGCUUCCUUGUUUGAUUGCAAGUCGCUUGUACAACACAAACUAAAUGAAGUCUGUGAGCAAGGCCUUGUUGAACAACUCGAGGCGGUUGAGCACUUGCAGUCUGCACUAGCACAGCAGGAGAGUCAAGUGAUGGCCUUGCUAGAGAAUGGAGAGAGUCAACUUCUGCCUGUGUCUGCCAUGCAUGAGAUCUACAAACUGGAGGAUGCAUUGGACAACACGUGUAUCACUUUGAGAGCGAAGAAGGGAGAACUAAAAGAGAGCCUUGCUGUGGAGAACCAGUAUGAGAGGCUGUUAAACGGUCUGGCUGACUUAGUAGAAGUGGGUCGUGCCAAGCUGGUGCCCAGUCAACCGCUAACAGUGCCAAGUCAAGCUGCAUUGAAAACCCAUUUGAAAAAACACAAGAGCUUCUUCUGUAGUCUCAGUCACCGCCUUAUUACCCUGGAAAACUUCACGCACAAAGUGCCUCCACGCUUGGCCAUGAAGUAUGGAGAGUCCUGGACGGAUCUGGCAAAGAAUGCUGCCAAUCUCCUGGAGCAGUCACAUCAGCAUGGGAUCCAACUGCAAGGCGCACUACAAGCCUGGAAGCACUUUGACAAAAAUUAUGGAGUGAUCCUGAAGCAUCUGCUAGAUCUGGAGGUCAGGAUCCCAUCUGUAGGCCUGGUGGAAGAAUCAGAUGAGAAACUAAAGGAGAGACUCGCCAUUUAUCAGCAAAUUGAAACCGACCUGGAGGAGAAUUCCUGUGGAUUUCAGCAGACUCUGGAAAAAGGGAGGAAGUUACUGUCUGCUGUGGACUGCUUUGACCUGGAGGCCCAAAUCAAGGAGCUGGAGGACAGAUGGGUGGUGGUGGCAAGCAGGACGAGCGAUGAACAGCGGCGCUUAGAAAUGCUUAUGAAGCUCUGGGCGAGCUUCCGUGCAGAUUCUGUCCUGCUGAACCACUGGAUGAUGUCUUCGAUGGAGCGAAUCCGGAGCUGGAAACAGCAAUCUCUGAGUGUCCCUCAGGAGCUACAUGCAGCCAGGGAACACCUCACCCAGUUUCUUGAGUUUAUGAAGGAGACGGAUGCCCAGUCAGCCCUGAAAACUUCCGUGAUCUGCUCAGGAAGCCUCCUGCUGCAGUUAAAAGACACCGACUCGGCCAGCCUCCAGACCCAGCUGGCCCAGUUUGAACAGGCUUGGGCGGAACUGCUGUCUCAUCUUCCUGAAAUCCAGGAUAAGCUGCACCAGCAGCAAAUAGAAAACAUUUCGUCCUGUCAAGCCAUUGGUGAGCUGGACACCUGGAUAGACCACAUUAGUGAGUGUCUGGCAGAAGAUAAGCGGACAUUGACAUCGCUGUCUGGAGCUGCUGCUAUAAAGGAGCGUCUGCACAAAUACAAGGAAUACAAGGUGGACAUGAACUGCCUCCAGCUGACAGUAGAUUUUGUCAACCAGUCGGUGCUCCAGAUCAGCAGCCCUGACAUCUGCAAUCGUCGCUAUGAGAGAACAGACUUUGCGGAACUUCUGGGAGCCACAAACUUGCGGUGGCAGACUCUUCAAGGGACUUUGAACACUCAGAUUCGCUGCCUGGAAGACAUGCUGGAGAUGUGCACAGAAAAUGAACGGAAGACCCAGAUCCUUAGCAGCUGGUGUGAGUCACAGAAGACCAGGCUGGCCCAGCUUGAGAAGCUGUCUAGUCAGCAUGCUGUAGCAAAUGCAUUGAAGGAGUGCCAGGGCAUCGAAGAAAAGCUGAAGAUCCGCUCUGCAAAAUUUGAAGAGGACCGGCAGAAAUGCCAGGCUGAUCAGGACAGUGCCCACAUGUAUGCAGACUUCAGAGCUCAAGCGGAGGACACAGCUCUCAUCUUGAGUGCUUUGAGCCACCAGAUUCUCCAGAUUAAGACUUCACUGCAGUCAGCUGCAAAGAUGUGGGAUGCAUUUGACAAGAUGUAUGACACUGUCGAGCAGGACAUCAUUCGGGUGCGCUACAUUCUAGAUUACAUUCCAUCUGACCUUGUCUCUGGAACAGCUUUGCAACAAACUGCAGAGAAGUUAAAGGCCCUGCAGGCCAAGGCCGAGAAGAGCGAGGAAUCCUGGAGCCAUCUGAGCGAGCAGUUUACCCACUUGAGCAUCCACUGCAGGCCUUCAGCAGUUGCCCUUCUCAGUGAAAACCUCCAGGUGGCACGCAGACGAUGGGCAGCAGUCAAUGAAAACCUCGCGGACCAGAUGUUCAGAACUCAGGAGUCGCUGCGGCUCAGGCAGAAGUGCGAGGAAUUGUGUGCAGAGUACAAGGCCCAACUCAGCAGGCUUGAGGACGAGUGCCAGAAGGUGCUGACUUUUGAGGCUAGCCAGGACAGCGCCAUGUUGGACCUUCAAGGCAAAGUAGAGGCCGUAAAGGACCUCCUCAGCCAAACAGAAGAUACGAAGAACAAUAUAGCUGGCAAGCUAAAGCUGUCGCAAGAUGUUACAAGACAAAGAGAAUCUUCUGAAGCUGACACCUUUAUUAAAUCUGAGAGUGAAAAUCUCUCUAAGCGUGUCAUGCUGCUGCACAAGUCCCUACAAAAGAAGCUGUCUGAGCUGCAGGGAGAGACUGACCAGAUUGAACAGUUUGGCACUUUCUUAGCUUCUUUGGAGAAUCGCUUGAAAGACACCGAAGACAUGAUGAAGAGUGCCGAAGGACCAUGCAGUCUGGAUGAAGCCAAGGCUCACUUGCGGAGACUGAACUCUUUGUCCCCUGAACUGGAGAGUCUAAAUGAGCUCAUUUACAAGACUCCUGUGAAAGAUGCACAGAUCAAGGCCGUGCAGACAUUGAACAGGCAGUGGCUACAGAUCUGCUCUCAGGCAGUGCAAAGCUGCAGUGAGUUACAAGAGAACGAGCUCCAGAAACAGACAUUCGUGCAGAAAUGUGAAGACUGGAUGAAGUUCUUGAAAAUGACGGAGGACUGUUUAGCAGUGGAUGUGGCCGGUAGCUAUGAGGGUCUAAGGGAUCAGCAGAAGAUUCAUGAGUGUUUUCAAGCAGAGGCCUCUUUAGGUCAACAAAUUCUGCACUCAGUUAUUACUGAAGCCUCACGACUGCUGGAACAUGGAGAGGUGGACAACAGCAAUGAAUUUCUUCUCAAGCUGUCCAUGCUGAAGGAUCGCUGGCGUGGGGUGAUUCUUAGAGUUCACCAAAGGAAGGGCAUUGUGGAUGGUUUGGUCAGACAGUGGCACCACUACCAGGACACGGUGAAACGGCUCAAGAACUUCCUCACUGACACGAGAGAACUGAUUGCAGCUACGUCUAGUGGGACAGAGGCCUGGGCUCUGAAAGAGGCACUUCAGGCUUUGGAAGAUAUAAAGCACACACAAGUUCUGUUUCACCGCUGGAGUAGUGAUUACCAAAUGGCUAUGGAGACGGGAAGGCACCUGUUUUCCAUGGCAGACAUCUCCACAGAAAGAUUGCUACAAGAGGAGCUCUGUGAGCUACAGGACAGCUGGGAACAAACAGAGUCACUGACAGCAGACCAGAAGAGACGUAUUCUGUCCGCAGUUGAGAGCUGGAAGAGAUGUGAAAAUAAAAUAACUGAAAGUGGUUGUCAACUCCAGAAUGCCAAGAUGGAAAUGAUGGGUCAGUCCCGUGAAGUCCAGACAGAUCUUCAGAAAAUGGAACAUUUCCUUGAGGAGGCCUGGGAGCUGGACGCGAUGAAGAGCAUGCUGCCCCGCUUCAUCAUCGCGGAGGACACGCUGGUACUGGACGAGCAGAUCGAGGGGCUGCACGCGCUGUGGGAGGACCUGUGUUACAAAGUAUCCUUACGGAAGCAGGAAAUUACAGACAGACUGAAUGCCUGGAUCAUUUUCAAUGAGAAGAGUAAGGAGCUUUGUGAUUGGAUGGCACAGAUGGAGAACAAAGUUUCACAGAAUUCCGAGCUCAGCAUUGAGGAGAUGGUCGAAAAGCUGAAGAAGGACUGCAUGGAGGAAAUCAAUCUUUUCAGUGAGAACAAGACCCACCUAAAGCAGCUCGGCGAGCAGUUGAUCAAGGCCAGCGAUAAGACAAAGGAGGCAGAGAUCAACGAGAAACUGAAGGAUCUCAAUGACCGCUGGCAGCAUCUGUUUGACCACAUUGAUGCAAGGGUGAAGAAGCUGAAGGAGACACUGCAGACAGUUCAACAGCUAGAUAAAAACAUGAGCAACCUGCGGACCUGGCUAUCCCGCAUAGAGUCAGAGCUUUCCAAGCCCGUCAUCUAUAACAUCUGUGACAAUGACGAAAUCCAGAGGAAGCUGGCCGAGCAGCAGGAUCUUCAGCGAGACAUCGAGCAACACAGUGAUGGUGUAGCCUCGGUGCUAAAUCUCUGUGAUGUCAUCCUGCACGACUCCGAUGCUUGUACCACUGAAACAGAGUGCGACUCCAUCCAGCAGACAACGAGGAGCCUGGAUCGCCGAUGGAGGAACAUCUGCGCCUUGUCCAUGGAGAGAAGGCUCAAGAUUGAGGAAACCUGGCGACUUUGGUGUAAGUUCUUGGAAGACUACUCUCGCUUCGAGGACUGGCUGAAGACUGCUGAGCGCACAGCUGCUGCUCCCAAUUCAUCGGAGGUCUUGUAUACUAAUGCCAAAGAAGAGCUGAAGAAAUUUGAGGCGUUCCAGAGACAGGUUCAUGAGAGGUUGACCCAGUUGGAAUUGGUCAAUAAGCAGUACCGCAGGCUUGCCCGCGAGAACCGCACCGACUCAGCCAGCAAGCUGAGACUGAUGGUGCAUGAAGGAAAUCAAAGGUGGGAUAACUUGCAGAAAAGAGUGGCCGCCAUCCUGCGAAGGCUGAAGCAUUUCACGUCUCAACGGGAAGAAUUUGAAGGCACAAGAGAUAACAUCCUAGUGUGGCUCACAGAGAUGGACCUGCAGCUGACCAAUGUGGAACACUUCUCUGAGAGCGACAUUGAAGAUAAGAUGCGGCAACUUAAUGGUUUCCAGCAGGAGAUCACACUGAACACAAACAAGAUCGACCAGCUGAUUGUCUUUGGGGAGAACUUGAUUCAAAAGUGCGAGCCCCUGGAUGCUGUCCUCAUUGAAGAUGAGCUUGAGGAGCUUCACAGCUAUUGCCAGGAAGUGUUUGGGAGGGUGGCUCGUUUCCAUCAUAGACUCAUCAACAAGGGUUCUGUCAUGGAGGACAAAGAGCUAUCUGACAGAGAAACAGACCUGGAGGAUUCAGGGGACAUGGCCGCUCUGGGAUGGCAGGAGAAGAUGGACGCUGAAGUGUCACCGGGCAGGCAGUCAUUGUGCCACCUGAUGCCUCCACCUAUGGGUCAUGAGAGGUCAGGCCGAGAGACACCUGUCAGCAUAGAUUCCAUCCCAUUGGAAUGGGACCACACUGUAGAUGUGGGCGGGUCCUCGUCUCAUGAAGAUGAGGAAGAUGCACCAUACUAUAGUGCGUUGUCAGAUGUACAAAUCACAGAAAGCCCUGAGUCCUUUGUUAAAGUGACUGCCCAAACUCUGAGCGCCACCUCUGGAUCAGAACCUCCCAGUUGGCAUUCUCCGCAGCAUCAGAAUGGUCGGAAACGUCCGCUGCACCAAGAGUUUGAAGGCCUCCCCUCCAGCCUUCCGGACACAAGCACACCAUUCAAACCUGGCUAUGCCAAGUUGAUGUCUGAAUGCAGUGACACCAUCGACACCGUCAAAAGAGUUAAGCUAAUCCUCAACGAUGAGCCCCAGACAGACGAACAGGGCCUUGUUGGACUCCGAGCUGCUGACAAACAAACAGGAGUCAUAGAACGCUGGGAACUGAUUCAAGCCCAACAGCUCAACAAUGAGCUAAGAAUGAAGCAAGAUCUUCAGCAGGAGCAGCAAGUGAAUUGUGACCUGGAAGAAAUCUCUUCUUGGCUCUCCCAGAUCGGUCCAGAGCUGGACCAGCUGCAAAAGCUAGAUUCACUCAGAAGCAUUGAAGACACUGAGGUCAAUGUCAAAAAACUCAAGGACAUUCAGAAGGCCUACGACAACUAUAAGGCAUUUCUUAUCUCCAUUAACCUGAACAAGGACAACAGUGCCAGGGUGCAAGAGCAGCUGAAAUCUGUAAACCAGACUUGGAAACAGGUGACUCAAAAGCUGGAGAACUGGAAGGACGGACUGCAGGUGGCGCUCAUGCAGUGCCAGGAUUUCCAUGAAACGACACACAACCUGCUACUCUGGCUUGCUCAUGCUGAGAGUAGAAGGUUCACUGUGGACCUCAGUGAGCCUAACAUUGAAUCCUCCAUCCUCCUGAAACAUCAGACAACACUGAAGCAACUGGAAAGUGAACUUCUGGAGAAGCAGUUGCACGUGAACUCUCUACAGGACAUCUCCAGCCACCUCCUAGAGAAAGCCAACGAGGAGGACUACACCGAAGCCAAGGAGAAGGUCCACGUCAUUGCCACCAAGCUGAAACUGCUGCUGCGGGAGGUUUCCCAGGAUCUCGAGACUGUUCAGGAGAAACUGGAUAAAUGCUCUUCUUCUGCAUGUCUUGAUGAAGCAGACUACGGUGGUGUAUCUCAAGCCAAGGAGGCCAGUGUGGAAUCAAGCCAUCCUGCCAAAACUGCAACUGGGAUCAGGGCCGAGAUGCACGAUUCUCCACCCAGGCGCUCCUUCUUCUACCGCGUCUUCCGUGCCGCCUUCCCUCUUCAGCUCCUCUUUUUGCUGCUGCUGAUACUCACCUGCCUGGUGCCACUUUCAGAAGAGGACUUUAGCUGCACCAUGUCUAAUAACUUUGCACGGUCUUUCUACCCCAUGCUCCGAUACACCAAUGGACCCCCACCCACGUGAACAACAUGGCAUGGGCUACAGAAAGCAGAUCCAGUGGAGACGCCUUGAUACGCUAUAACUAGGGAUUGUGCAACUAGAUAAAGAACAAAGGCCAUGAACGGACCAUCACUGGCAACUGGGAACUGGCACCUCAUGUUGUGGGUGCUACCCAGCAUUGUACAUAUUGUGAUUUAAGAGCGGGUGUGUGCGAUCCGCAGCGAGGAGGGUAUUUCAUAGCUUUCAUGCUGAGGGUAGGGGAGGAGUGGGAGCAGCUGCUGAUUUCUUCAUUUAAGCUACAUCAAAGAAAAAAAGUUUUAUUUUCAUAUACCAUUAUUUCAGUAGAAAAUAUAGAAAAUCAGACAAAGCGUAUGUCGAGAAUUGCUUUUUUAAAGAACAAAAGAGUUUAAAUAUGUUAAAUGUUGUACCGUUUGGAAUAAAAAGACUCUCUAGUCUCAGGAUAUUUAAAAACUUCUUGAUCAAGUGGGAUACAUAAUUUUCAGGGUUUGUAAUUCUUUCUAAUCAUUGGCUUCUUUUUAUAUUAUAAUAAGAAGAGAUAAUUGUGUGUGGGCAUACAUGCCCAGUCCUACUGAGUGGUCAUUUCUGUCGCACUCUUUGAGGGUCUGGGUGUGAGACGCCAUUGUCUGUAAAGCCCAAGCGGCACUGCACUCACAUAAGCCAUGUGCUGCAUUUGACUUCUGGCCUCCAUUUAAUUGUAAAAUAUGUGUAAAAAGUGCACUGCCCGGCACAGGGAGGGGAUGUUUCUCUUUAAAUUAUUUUAAUAUUCUAGAUUAAUUCUAAAUCGCAUAUGACUGCAAUGUAUGCAAUACAUGGGUACAUAUAGAACAAAUUGGAUUGUACAGUAUUUGAUUAUAUUUUACAAACACUAUUUAUGGGAUGUACAGUGUAAACGUUUUUACUUGUUAAUAAACCAAAAAAAAAAUCUUA